AAAUUUGCUGUUCCAGCAACAUGGAUAGACCGUAGGCAGAAAGAGCGGAAUUACCAUUGAGCUCAAUAUUUUCCGCACCGGUUUUGGUGUUUCUCACUACCCAAACGCCAAACACAACCCUACCGCCACUGCUUCGCUUCGGGAUCAGCGAAAACCACCUCUGACGGAGCCCUUCUUUUUUUUUUGGCCUUUGAUCACAAUCCCAAUCUCUCUAGCAUAAUCAUCUUCCUCAGAAAGUGACUAUGGCGACUCAGUCCGCGGCUCCUCCGAAUCCAACGUACCAAGAAUCCCAAAACCCAGCUUCGGAGGUUGGUCAACCGAUAAUAGAGGGUCAGGAUGAUGCCAAGGCAGAGGCUAUAAAAGAGAACUCUACAACUUCAGUGUUUGUGAACUCAGAACCGAUGCGAGAGGAACAAGUGCAAAAUGCUGUAAAGUUCCUUUCACACCCAAAAGUAAGGGGAUCACCAGUCAUGUAUAGACGAUCUUUUCUUGAAAGGAAGGGCCUCACAAAGGAGGAGAUUGAUGAAGCUUUUCGUCGUGUCCCUGAUCCACACCCUACUGUUUCAAGUGUGCAGCCAGAUGGAACAAAUCAAGAUGGGCAACUGAGGUCAUCUUCAAAUACACAACCACAAGCUACAAAAACUUUGCAGCCUGCUGCAGCCACUCCUGCUGGUGUAAUUUCAAAUGUGGGGACCUUGACGCAGUCUCGAUUCCACUGGUCCCAUGCUUUUCUUGCUAUAGGAUUACUGGCUGUUUCAGGAGCCGGAACCGCCAUUCUUUUUAAGAAUGCUAUUGUUCCUAGGUUGAAGUCUUGGAUCCGUAAAAUUGUAUUGGAAGAAGAGGAUCUUGUGAAGAAAACCAACUCAACACCAACUUUGGCAGAAGAAACAGCUGCUGCUGCAAAAGCUGCUGCAGCCGCAGCAGCUGAUGUGGCACGAGCAAGCCAGGAAAUGUUAACUUCAAAAACUGAGGAAAAGAGAUACUUUGAGGAACUCAUGAAUCGGCUAGAUAUGCAAGUACUGGAAAUUAAGUCAAUGAGUAAUACAUUACAGAAGUUGGAAGGACAAAGCAGCACCCCUGGAAGAAUCCGUCAAGUUGAACAGGAUCAUAGAGUUGCAGUCACUAGUUCUAGGCAAUCAAAUGUGAAUGGCAUGGCGGAAUUUGACUUGCACUCAGUGAAAUCUUCUUCACCGUCGGCAUCUGUCGAACCUUCUGCUGCACCUCACCCCAAAUCAUAUAUGGAGAUCAUGGCCAUGGUCCAAAGAGGAGAAAGACCUCCUAACAUCAGAGAUAUCAAUGAUCUUCCGCCCAAUCCCAAUCAACAAAUUUCACAUCCUCGCUUGGCACCAAGAUCUAAGCCUUGGGAGGUUAGUCAUGCGCAAAACGGCUCAGGCUAUGUUCCUCAAACUCAAGAGAGUAGUGAUGGUUCCAAUAUGAAGAUACAAGAUAAUGGGUUCAUCAAUCAGUCGAAUGGAGAUAGUUCAAUGCCUUGGUGGCAACGGAAAAAUGUGAGAAUUACCGAAAUUGAAACUGAAGACGGACCCACGUUUGGUUCUUCUGGUGUGCCAUCAAACGAGAGACCAGUUCAGCGCUCAUGGGUUCCUCCCCAACCCCCCCCUGUUGCAAUGCCAGAAGCAGCUGCAGCCAUUCGACAGCCGAAAAAACCAUUAUUUCGGAAAGAACAAUUAGCUGACGAUCAGUCAGUGUCUCAUCCUUCUGAUAUAACUGAUGAGUUGCAGAGGAUCACAAAGUUAUCCGAGUCAGGAGGUGUAGUGGAGGAAAAUGGUGGGAGCUCAAAGCUGAACCCCAGUGAGAUACAAGUAGCAAAUGAAGCUUUUGAAUAGAACAGAAGUGGGUUCAAUCAAUGGUAUCCAUAUAUGUCCUACAAAGUGGAAAAUAAUAUAGAAAGAACAUGUAGGAUAGACAUGAACCGAUCAAUUCGAUCCAUACGUUUGCUGUACCUUCUCCUAAAACUCAAAACACUGUAUCUAAAACUUGUUCUCAUGAAGAAUUAAGGUUAAAGUAUCAUGUGAAUCCUCACUAUAUCAGCUAUUCAGCUUACAAGGAUUGGUGGUUUAUUGUCUAUUGUGUAGAAGCAGCAAACCUGUAAAUUUAGUUAAAUGCUUCGUCAUUUUUAUCCUUGGUUACCCUUUUCAGCAGUCGAUUUGUAUUGAGUUUGAUUCAUGCAUAAAUUGAGAAUUCCUAUGUAGCAGAAGCUGGGUAGUAGUUAUUUUGUUUUUGACACUUUGUUGGGA